AUGUGCUUUUUACAGCAAGUUAUUCGUCUACGACAACCAGUAGGACUUGCUUCAUGGGAAUUUAAAGCUGAGAAUAUUUUGCUUGAAGCCGUUGUUGCUGUUUUCGCCGUUGGGGAUGUUCGAAAGGGAAAAGUUUAUGUUAAGGGCCAUGAGCCUAUUGUUGUCGCUGUAAAGACGGUUCCCGGCAGAACAGUCGAGGCCAAACAAAAAGUUGUGGAUUUGAUGCGAGAGUGUCGCCUGUUGAGAGAAUUGAGUCAUCCUUGCGUUACUCAAUUUUACGGGGUUUGCCUUAUGGCACAACCACAUUGCUUCAUUCUUGAAUAUGUCCCAGGCACGCAAUAA